ACAAUUUAUAGUGUAGGCUACAUGAGUGUAUGUGUAGGAAGGGGUGGUCCUAGAGGGCCUGGACAGGGGCGGGGGGAUACUUCUCUCGAAGAGCACUGUAAUUCUUUCUGUCUUUUCUCCAAACCCGGUCAGGAUGAGAACAGUGCUGUUCUUUGUUUAUCUCCUUCCUGUGUUGACAGUGGUAGCACAGGCUACACCAGGUAAGAAAACACAUUUUGCCUCAUGUCAGGGAAGGAGAUUUUGAUGCACCAGCCGCUUAGUAAAAUAGACGCGAAGGUCAUUUGUGUUGAUUCCCAUAAACUAAGUAUACAAGGACUCUUGGGAACAAUUUGGCGAAAGGAAAUCAGAGAAAACUAAACAAUAAUCAUUGUGGCUUUUGGCUAGAAAGGACCCUGCUUCUUUCAACUUUUCAGUAACCACAAAAAUGCAGCCUGAAGCUUGGUCUUUUCAGUUCUACAGGGUUUAAAAACCACAGAGGUCUUUUUGUUGUUCAUUUUUUUCAUUUUCAAAGGUUUAAAAAACAAAGGCAAUUUUACGAUAUCUUUGAUCCCAUGAAGUAACUUAUUUUUCACAUUUCCUUGCACUAAUUUCUCAACAAUAACUCUCCAUUCAAGAGGUGCAUAAACCCUAUAGUUAAAAAACAGCUUUAAAUACAUCUUCAUAAUUAAAAUUCCCACAAAAGCAGCUCAAAAAAUGUGCUUUAAUCAAAACUAAAGGUAUGCCAAGUGCUUAAAAGAAGAUCCUGGAACAUUCUAUAUAUUAUACAGUAUAUUUAUUAGUGUAUGUAUGAGCAGCUUUUUGUAUUAUGGUGUAUUAUAAGUGUAGUUAGCUAGUUAGAUGAUCAGAGCCUACCAACUCAUUCAUGUUGUAACUUGAAAAAGAGCUAAAUACUGGCUUCUACAAUGCAGAGAAAUCAAAGUUUAAAGGAGCGAGCCAUCAAAAAAGCAAAGUAAACUACAGGGAGCAAAGAUAUUCAAAUCAUCAGCAACUCUGCAAAACAGUUUUUAGCUAUUAUCUAAUCUCCUCUACAACAGAAUCAACAAUGGUACAUGUAUCAGUGGUGACACCAUGAUUCACCGCAUCAUAAUGAAGCCUGUUUUAUAAUUGCACAUGCAUUAAAAAAAUGCACUGUGAAAUGUAACACUGACAAUGCAGGACUCUAUUUUGUCUUGUCAAAACAUCAAACUUGUGGAGUCCAGUCUGACAUUUUUCCGCAGCUAUCUUGUUUGUGUUUUUUGUUAUUUGCUGCACACAAACAUCAGCAAAUUUGGACAAGGUCAGAGAGUCGAGCUUAGGAUGAAGAAGGCAUUAGCAAACCACUCCUUUUUAGUCACUGCAAAUACUAGGUGGGUUAACAAUUGAGAUAUUAUUGUGGUGCGAAUUUUGGCUGGCUUUAAAGCUCCUGUGAGGAAUUUUCUGGCUGCGUUGACUUUGGCGCCACCCCUGUGGACAAGGUGGUAACCUUUGCAUAGUUGCUGAUUUUAUCCUAUCCAAGUGAAAAUGGUGUAAAUUAAUUUCUGUUAACUCCCCCUUGUGUUUUUUCCCACUAAAAUUUAUCACUCAUCAUAAAAAGUUGGAAGUAACUAAAGCUGUUUCUGCAAUUAUCAAUUAUCUCAGUUGCUUAUUAAAAUCACAGAGAACACCACUGUUUAUUUCAGUCUGUUUCAUAAUCUAUCAAAAACUCACGGGUGCUCUUAACAAAGAAUAUGAAGAGGUACAGUGUACAGAUUGAGCUUUUAAUACCUAAGAGGUGGAUCUCCUUCAUGGCUACUUCAGUCUUGCACUGCCAGCCAUUGCCAGUUAUUCAGAUUUUUUACUGUACCUGUAAAAGACAGAGAACAACUGAGUAUCCAAGAUGCUAAACAAGACUUUGAACACAGCCCCAUGAUACAGAUUUUUUAAUCAGCUACACCUAAAGUGUACCCUGCGUUAGUUUUUCUCUGAGUGGAAUGAUAAUUUAAGUUGUCAGCGCCGCACUAAAGAGGCUUUUAAAUCGUGCUUGAGGGGUAAAAUUUUUGUGUAAGAACAAUUUAGUGACACUCAAGAACAUUAAUGUGAGCAAACAUUAUACCAAAAAAUAUGGUUUGCAGUUAUUUAGUGUAAAGUGGCAUACUAUACCAAUACAAAUAGAAAUGGAUUGACAGAUCAACAUGAAGAAGGCUUUACAGCCCACUCUCAAUGUACUCAAGGAGCUAAACUGAGAUAACUCUGAAAAUAGAGAGGGGUCAGUGAAGACUCUGCCUCCCAAGACUUUAGGUUCUACAAAUAAGUCUGUGGGGGGUAAAACUAUGGGAGAAAAAUGUCUUCGGCAGGCAAUCAUGAUAUACUUUCAUAUGUCUUGUCAGUGUACAUUUUUGACCAGCUGAAGGGUCUUCGGAAGAAGAAACAGCCUCGCUUAAUAAUGAUGGUGCAAAAAGACGGUUCUUGAGUGUGAUUUUAUGUGGGAUUUGAAGUUCAUGACAAAAUGUACCUUUACAUGGGGUUAGAUGCCUCUAUUAUGUCAUUCACCAUCAAGAUAAAAUAGCCAACCAUCUGUAAAACUGCAAAAAUGUUGGGAGUGUGUGUCCUGGUGAUGAAACCUUGAGAAAGAAUGGGGUGAAAUAAUCUGUUCACGUUCUGCAUUUUACAGGAACUCUGUGGUAAACUUUAACCUGCACAGAGACCUCCUUGAUAAUACAUAACAGCUGCAAUCAACCUGAUAGAUCAGAGCUUUAAUGUGGUUCCUGUAACACCAAACAAUUACUGAUAUUUUUGGAGGCAAUUUUGGAUCAAGUGGCUUGCCCAAGGACACUUCAGCAUGCGACUGCAGAAGCUGUCGCCUCCCCUGGGGAGGACUGACAUGACUCUGAAACACAGCUACCUACAAACAGCACCUUGAACAUUGUCAUGACCAUACAUGUGGAAAAUGUAGCAUAUCACAUGUAGUUUUUUUUUUUUUUAAGUACAAAUGCAUAGGAGUCUUUAAUACACAUCAGAGGUCCACACCCAUGACAGAAGCAAAUAAAGAGUGAAUGACUGUGCACAUCUAGAGUAUGACGCUCAUUGGUUAUUCUGCAUCUAUCCUGCAGCAUGAAACAGCUUCAUGUAUUUUAACAGCUGCACAAAAAAACAUGAAACAUGUUACUUUCAAGAGGUCAAAACAGGUCAGCACUCAAAUUGAGCCCAAUCAACUCCAUUUUCGAAUCUCUCUUCUAUGAUACAUAGAAUAUAUAUAAUUAGUAAUCCAGUGACACAGGCAGUCUUUAAAAAAAAGUUUCCAUCUCCAGCAGGGGGGGACAACCUUGUGGUUUCUCUGAAAAAUGGCCGAAUCCGAGGGGCGUACACAACAGUGAAAGGCACAGAGAGGAGAGUGAAACAGUACCUGGGAAUUCCCUUUGCUCGGCCUCCUGUGGGGCCCCUCCGCUUUGCUGCUCCCCAGGAUGCAGAGCCCUGGGAGGGGGAGAGGAAUGGCUCACAGCAGCCCCCCAUGUAAGACUGAAUGGCAACAAGCAACAGAAAAUGAUGAGAAGUAUUUUCUUUUACAAGUUUCUUUUCCCCCCUAAAGAAACACAUUUAUCUUUGGUUUGUUUCUGCUCGCAGGUGUAUUCAGGAUCCAGAAAUAGUGGUGAAUGUAUCAAAGACCAUGUCAAUGCAAUACACCCCACCAGAGCUUUCAGAGGACUGUCUCUAUCUGAAUGUGUACACUCCCGCUGACGUGACAUCAGGAGACAAGCUACCGGUAGGUUAAAGACUCAUUCAGUAUUGACAGACACAGAUAAAACUGAAUCCCCUCAUAGUGUGGAUGUAAUUUAGCCUCCUCAAUUCUUUAAACACUUCAAUUCUACUUUGAGGUGUUUAUUUCCCGCCUCUGUCUUCAUGCUGAGGAAAGAGCUUUUGGUCAAAUGUCUUGGCUGCUUAUUAACUUUGUUCAAAUAAGAACUUUAGCUCAUGUUUCACCUUACUGUCUAAGUGUCUUCACGGAAACUCAACUUUGUUUGUCCUUGGUGGGACAACUUGGUUAACAUGCUAGCUUUCAUUUUGUUGGUUGUGCUAACUAAACCAAAUGUAGCCUCUGGUUUUUUUUUAUAACCAGAGGCAGAUUGUUUAUCAAGACCAUGAAAGACAAGCAUACACUCUCCUACUCACAGUCAUUGAAUAGUGAAUAUACUGUAUUGUAGUCCUCUAGGGGCUCUUUUAUGCACCUUUUCUCCUACAAGAAAAGAAUUAAAACUAAAAUGUUUUUCAUACUACGGUUAUUGUGAGUCAGUUUGAAUUGACCUUGAUAGACUUAACUUCCACAAAACAUUGGAACGGAAAAAACAGACCCUGAAAUAGAUGUGUCUUUGUAUGACUGGUACAGAUACACAAGAAGAGCCAUGACAAGUUUUCAGCCUUGUCAAAUGUAGAUGAGAACAAAGCACAUUUGUUGGGUUGAAUAGGCAGUUUCUUGCGAAAUUUUUCAAAUAAUACCAUACAAGCAAUUGUACGAAGUGUACACAAACAAGUGUAAAAAUACAUUGCUGAUUUUGAGUAAUUAUUAACCAUGGUUGAGUUAAGCAGAAAAUCAUGGUUCAGAUUAAUACAACAUGUCAUCGUUUAUAUGGUUUAACUCCCAAUGCAAGUCAUUAUGUGCUGGUUGAAAAACUUCCAGGGAGUACUGUUUCCAGUAGCACUGUUUGCUAACUAUUAUGAAUUUUUUUUUGUCAUUCAGCACAAAGUAAAAUGAGGCACUGAAAAAGACUGACAAUUCAUUUGAGACUUUUGACAACUUUUAAAACACUCAAUCUAAUUUCUGCAGCCUGUGAUACUCAAAGUAUGUUUUUUUAAAUCUUUUAUGCUUUCUUUUUGUUUGGAGAGGUCAGUCAUCCCCAGUGUCAUGUGCUCCAAUGUGUGUUAGGUCCUGGUGUGGAUUCAUGGAGGAGGUCUGGCAAUGGGUGCAGCUUCUCAGUAUGAUGGCGCUCCAUUGGCUGCUUAUGAAAACAUCGUGAUGGUCAUUAUUCAGUAUCGCCUUGGCAUUCUGGGAUACCUCAGGUAGUGAUGCUCUGUGCAUUUUGGUUUAAAAUAAAAGCAUAAAUUUAAGGUCUGGACUUUCCUUGUUCUAAAGCACUGGAGACGAACACGCUCAGGGUAACUGGGGUUUCUUGGAUCAGCUGGCAGCUCUGAGAUGGAUUCAGGAAAAUAUUGAGGUCUUUCAUGGAGAUCCACAAAGUGUCACGGUGGCUGGAGAAUCUGCAGGAGGUAUCAGUGCAUCCAUCCUGGUAAGAAACAGCAAUCACUAACAAAAAUCAAAAGACAUCAGAUCACACAGUGUAACAUGUUCAGGUCCCCACUGUUUUAGUACAAAUUCAUACAUUCAUAUGUUUCCUUUCUUUUGGACAGACACUGUCUGCACAAGCUAAAGGACUGUUUCACAGGGCAAUCUUUCAGAGUGGAGUAGCAACACUUGGAACCUACACCACCAGCCAUCCUUUGGCUACUGCAAAGGUAACAUUUAUAGGCAAUGUUACAAAACUGGGUUGAGACACAGAGAAUUUCAAGAGUUCUGUCAAGUUUUUUUUCACAUGACAUAAAAAUAUCACUUCAUGUAAGGCCACUUCCAUUGACUCUUGUUAGCCUUGGCAUAUCUUGAGCUAUAAUAGUCCUAAUAUAUCUCUUUUUUAAAUAUAUGCCCACAAUUUUCACAUCUUUUACACCAUCCUGGCUUUAACAAACCUGCAAGUUCAGGAGCCACAAUCGAACAGCUUUGAAAGUCUGAAUUUCUUUUGAAAUACUGACCAUAAUGCCAUUGUUUUCCUUAUCCAGCCAAGAAUAUCUCAGUUGUAUGUAUUGUCCCAGUUAAAUAAAAAUUAAAAUAUAAUAAAUCUAUGACAAGUUAAAGUUAUUUGCUGCUGAAAAACAAGAGCCCGAGUUCCAGAAAAACAUUGUUCUACCACUCUGUCGAUUUACAUCCUCAUGUUUUUGAAGAUGUUUAUCUCUUUCUUGUUCACAGAUAGUUGCCAAUCUGACUGGCUGUGACCGCAGCAGCACCCAGGAACUGGUCCAGUGCAUGAGGGGGGCAAGUAAAGAGGAACUAGUUGAAGUAACUAAAAAGGUAAAAGGUCAGGUAUUACUCUUGUAUUGAGCUUUGAAUCAAUAGAACAUGAUUGAUUCUGCCGGGCAAUAAAUGGAUAAUUCUGUCUCUACAGUGUAAUUCCUCUAAAAAUAAGAACAAACUGAGAAAAUGUUCUUAUUUAAUUAUUUUUUGUCUGUGUCCACAUGGUAAAUAAAAAUAUUAUCUUGACCAAAAGUAGAAUUUAAAAUUGUGGGUCACUUUUAUCUGGACUGACAUUGUUAAAUGUAGUACUUAAGGAAACUUGCUUUCAAAUGUAGGACAGUUUUGAGGUUGAUAAAACUUUGGAUGAUGAAUUGCAGAGUCUUAAAUUUGUAAAAAGUUAAGGUAAAAUUUUACAUCAGUUUUUCAAGUGUCACCCCCAACUUUUGCCACAAGAUGGCAGCCUUUUUCGACCCUUCAUUUCCUCUUUGGUUGGUUUCCAUGCUCCUGCUCUGACCCUGACAUGCAUUAUCAGUAACACAAUGUCUUGUGUAUAGAUGAAACUCUACCUGGGAGGGGUGGUGGAUGGUGAGUUUCUGACUGACCUGGCAGAGGAACUUCUGAAGAGGAAAGAAGUUCUGAAGAUUCCUGUGAUGAUGGGAAUAACCAACCACGAGUUUGGAUGGAUCCUACCUCUGGUCACACAGCUUUCAGUGUCUCUCUCAGUGAACCCAAAGUCUGUGAUUUGUUCAUGUUUAACUCACUGUGAAGCUCUGCCUCUGUGUGUCACAGAGCUUUGCUCCUCCUGGCUGGGAGAAGGGGAUGAAUAGGGAGUCUGUGCUGGCCGUCAUCAACAUGUUUAAUCCUGCAGGGGUGAGCUCAGUCACUGCUGUUACUGUCUUUUGAUCAUAAUGAUGGACUCUGUUAUUGCAGAUUGAGCUCUAGGCUUUUUUCAUUUUUGUAUUUGUUCCACAUGAUAAUGUUUGGAUUUGUAUAACGCUGAUGUUGCUCAACAUUAGCAUGAACUUCAGGUGUAUCCGGAUUAUUUACUAGUCAAAAAAAGUUAUUGAGACUAUCUUCUAAUCUCUUUUCAAGCACAUCCUUCUGGCCUAGUGGUCUAAAAAGACCCUUAUUUGUGGGCAAACUUUGUUGGCUACUUUCCCUUAUGCCAAUGCUCCCUCUCUCUCCCUGUCCUAUCUCUCCUGCCCUAAAAGCCCUAAAAAUAUAUUGAAAUUACAAAAUUUGCACUAGUAAAGGUGAAUAAGUUUCAUUUGGAGACAAGUUUAUAUUUUAGAAUUUCUACCUUUUUUAAAUUUUCCCUUGAUUUCGAAUGCUUUUUUCCAUUAGUUUGGCUUUUAUUUUCUUGAAAACAGCUAGAUUCAGGUCAGUUUUGAAGAACGUUUUGAGGAACCACAGGGCCACAUCAUGUUACUGUCUAUGUGCAUUUGUUUUUAAAACAGUCAGUGUUUCCAGUAUCAACAUUCCAACAUACCCUGAUAUAUUUUAUUGUUCUUAAAGAAAUCUGAUGGUCCAACUCCUCUCCUUGGUCCAGAUCCCCAUCAUGAAUAACCUAAUUGCUGAUGAAUACCUGAAAGACGCCAAAACUCCUGAAGACAUCAGAGACGGAUUCACAGAAAUCAUUGGGGACCUGCUGAUGACACUGCCUGUCGUCAAGGUAGCCGGUUACCAUGCAGGUCAGAAACAGUCUUCAGAGACCUUUAAUAAAAAUCUGAAAUCAAUCUGACUUGUUUACAUCCCGGUCUGAGUAGAAAUCCAUCUAAAUGUUUACAUUAUGUCAAUGUGAGUGCAGAUUGUUUGUUAUAAGCUCUUCUAACCUUAUUUCAAUCCAGCAUGAGACACGACACAGUUACUUUACUCAUGACCUUUGACCACAUCUUUGCACAAGUACAUAUGCCCUUGCAUUUUUUCCUCUUUGUGUCCUCAGAUUUGGGUGUUCCUGUCUAUGUGUAUGAAUUUGUUUACACUGCUGGGAUCCACAAAGACAAAAGGCCCAGCUUUGUGAAGGCAGAUCAUGCAGAUGAUGUCGGCUUCAUGUUCGGUGGAUGUUUCUGGGAUGGAGAUAUUAAAAUCAUUGGUAGGUCACAUGCUAUAGUUGAUGAGCUCCUGUCUAUUUUUAUGAUCUUGGGGGAUUAGUGAGUAUAAAUCGAAAUAUAAGUAGAAGUAGGUCCUGAGAUUAAGUGGAAUCAAUAAAGAAAAGUUAAACACUGAUGUGCCUUCAAUUUAUAUCUGAUGAUUGAAGGGUUUUACAGUGUGGUACACUUCCUCCUGUCUUAUCUAUAGGCACCAUAACAAAAGAGGAUGAGAGCCUCUGUAGGACUAUGAUGGCGUACUGGGGCAAUUUUGUCCGCACUGGGUGAGUAAGCAUCAAGAACUUUAACAUUGUUUAGGCAACAACAACAUUCAAUUUUUUAUUUUUGUGACUUUCAGCUCAGCUUUGCUGUUAGUUCAUCUUUGAAUUGAUACAAAAUCAAGUUCAUGUUUCUUUGGGUCUGCUUGAUUAUCUACCAUGUUCCGACCAUGACAGCCUUGUUGGGUUAAACAUGCCGUUGUUAAGCAUUGGAUGGGCCGCUUAAAGGAACUUUCAGUGUGUAAUGACCUGUGUGAUUCUUGAGGACAAGAUGUUUAAUCUCUUUGCUGAUCUUUUACUGUACAUAUGUGUACAUAAGUUUGCAGUCUUUCCUGUGACAGAGCAAACAAAGGCUAUUGGCAGCUUGAUGCUGAUGGCCUCAUCUCACACCGACCAGGUGAUAAAGAUGCAAUAUGGAAAUAUUUAGUCUUCAAGCAGAUGGCUGCUUUUGCUUUUGUGCGUCCUAAGGAGGGAUAAGUGUAAAUUUUAGUCUGUCACAACCACAGUGAGAGCUUUGAUUCUAAAUCGAUUCAUAACAGUGAUCAUUUAUCAUUAUUGAUAUUAAGGCAGUAGUCAUCUGCAAACACAGAUCCUACGUGCAGAGGCUACAGCCCUCAAGUGGGACUUUCCAGCAAGUCAUUUCUCACUCAUCCCUAGUUUUCUGCUCUAUCCACUCUCCUAUCCUCUGCAACUAACAUGAAUGCUGGGUUGUAAAAAAAAAAAAAAAAAGAUUUCAAAGUUCAAAAUUUAAGCCCAUCUUUAAAUUAUUUUUACCCAGUUAAAGUAGCAAGUAUGCAGAACCAAAGAUAGGAAUAUUUCUAUGAAAACAUGAGCACCAUGAAAGCAGAUCAAAUUAAGAGAAAAUUUGAUAUCUUUUAGGCUAUUAUGUAACAAAUGCAAAUGGAUAUGGCUGAAUGGGUAUCUAAAACUGGAUGUGCAAAAUGACCGCCACACUGGUUGUUGUUUCAGAUAAAUACAUGUAGUAUGAUACAGUGAUAUUCAUUCUAAGUUCUGACCAUGUGCAGUUGAAAACAUGCAUUGAUAUAUGUGGACAUUUCUUUCCUGUAUAGCUCGCUCUAACCUCUGUGGAUGUCUUGAUAUCUCCCUCAUCUCCCCAGCUCCCCCGAUGGCCCUAAUCUGGUUAGCUGGCCUCAGUACGACAGGCAGAAGCAGGAGUACAUGGAGCUGGGUCUGACGCAGACAGUGAAACAGAAACUGAAGGAGGACAGAGUCCAUUUUGCUACUGUCACCCUUCCUCAGAAGCUACAAGAGUUAGCAGCAGCAGCCACAUCUGGAAACUGAUCUCUGUCAGCUGUCAUAUCAUUUAAUUUAGUUUGCAUGUCAACAAAUUUUAAAGUCCCCAUGGUAAUAACUAAUGGUUCUUGUAAUUAUUGCAGACCUAUGGCCCUCUGUUUUGAUAUGGGCCUUAAUUCUUUCCCAUUUCUACAAAUCUCAUUUAUGUAACUUUUUGACCUAUGUAUUUUGUUAUAUAGUUGUAAUUAAAGGACCUUUCUUGCAAGGAUUUUUGUGUUAUAGGGUAACAGACUUGUAUUGUAAAAAUAUGAGGUGAUAAUAUUUUCUAAAUAUUUAAAAAACAAAGUACUAAUUCAUAAAUGUGCAUAAAUGUAAGGCAUAAAAUACUAAACAUUUGUAAUCAAUGGUUCUUUUGAAAUCUCAAUGAUCGAAGAAAACAAACAUCAGGGAAUGAGGACGACUGUAUCAGAAAAUGUUACUAUCAGGACUUGGAGGAGAGCAAAGGACACUUCCGACUAAAGCUGUUUUAAAAAAUAAAACUGGUUUGGGCGAAGAAA